CUUCUCUCAAUCGGCGACGAAUUAGUAUACUCGCCGGUGAAACUCUCAUUGUCUGCUUUGUUCGAGAUAUAUGGAAUAGACUUAUUUUGUGGGCGUCGUUGUUAGGGUUCUGUUAAAAAAAUUCUCUUCGGAAUUGCAGAAGAAAAGAUGGGUCGAACCAAAGAGAUUCCACCAGCGGCUAGGGUUUAUACAGUGUGCGAUGAAUCAAGAUACUUGGUAGUACGAAAGGUACCGGCUUUAGGCUGUGGUGACGAUCUGAUGAGAUUGUUCGCUACUUACGGAGAGGUUGAAGAAUGUAAACCUAUGGAUGCAGAAGACUGUGAGGAGUUUACUGAUGUCUAUUGGAUCAAGUUCCGUCUCAUCGCUAAUGCAAGAUUUGCAAAGAGGAAGUUGGAUGACUCAGUGUUCUUGGGAAACCGGCUCCAGAUUUCAUAUGCUCCUGAGUUCGAGAGCCUCAGUGACACCAUGGAUAAGUUGGAAACGAGGAGGAAAGAAGUGCUUGCAAGAUCCAACCCCCAGAAAGGUAAGAGCAGCGUCUCACAAGUCACAAAACCGGCUUUGACCCAAAGCGAGACGGAUUACCAAUUCCAUAGAAGAAACGCUCCUAUUACUCGAGUUUCAUCUGACCAGGAGUAUUUUGGGUCAUCUUCAAUGAAUCAAACUGUUAAAACUGUGAGGGAGAAACUCAACAAGAUUGAAGAAAGUGGUAAGCAGAAAAGGUCAGAAGCAAGCAGUCAGAAUCUCCAAACAGAACCUGACUUGAAGAGAACCAGAGUCGAUAACCGAAGAAGAAUCUAAAACUGAUCUUGGGAAUGCUACUUAGCUAAUCCUGUUUACCUUUAUCUUAAUUGUCUUCUUGUAGUUGUGAAUAAUUCAUUUAUUUUUUCUAUUCAAUUUCAGCUACUGCAAUAAUAA